UCCCUUUCUGCAAAAGCAACUCCCUAAAACUCAUCCUUUGGAACUCAAGAAGCGAUAAUUUGAACUCAAAUUGUUCCCUUUCUGCAAAAGCAAUUACUUAACUCAUCCUUUCAUCCAUUCCCAAAUAUUGUAGCUGUACUACUAUUCAAUAACCUCUUGGGUUUUCAGUAUAUUAUUAUAUAUUACUCGGGGACAGCACAUCAAGUUGCGGCUGGUUACCCAAUCACCAAGUCUCAACAGCUUCUCAAGCAAAUAAAGCGUAUAGGUGAAGAAUGACGAGAAAUCCACAAUCCAUGACCAUGUCAGCUAUAACUAAAGCCUUGAUGAAGAUCAUGUUAUUGAAAACCCAACUAAUCACAGAAAUAUGGAGUUCCAUAAGGAGUACCUGGAUUUGAUUCUGGUCCCUUGUGGAUUGCUCAUCAUGUUUGCCUACCACCUCUUUUUGCUUUACAGAUACCUACACAGACCCCACACUACGACCAAGGGCUUCGAGGACUAUGACAAGAGAGCUUGGGUUGAGAGAAUCAUGCAGGCAAGUACUUACCUUGAUCCUUCUCUUUUCUUCUCCGUUCCUUUGAUUCAAUCCAACCCCUUGACGCUUUCUUGCUCGUGUAAUGACCAGGCCGAUAAUAGAGACAUAACCACAGCUCUCUCAGUCAUUCAAUCAAACAUCACGGCUGCAACCUUCAUGGCUUCCGUGUCCCUGACGGUUUGCUCUCUUAUAGGAGCUUGGAUCUCCAAUGGCUCCAACAAAUUCUUCCAGAGUGAUUUAAUCUAUGGCGACAUAAACCCUACCUCCAUUUCCAUCAAGUACAUUUGCCUGUUAAUCUGCUUCCUCCUCGCUUUCUCGUGCUUCGUUCAAUCUAUAAGGCACUUCGUUCAUGCGACAUAUCUGAUAAGCACACCGGAUUGCCGCAUACCAGUGAGCAGCGUGGAGACUGCAGUGAUAAGAGGAGACCAUUUCUGGUCACUUGGUCUUCGGGCACUUUAUUUUGCUCUUGAUCUUCUGCUCUGGUUUUUUGGGCCGAUUCCCAUGUUUGUUUCUUCGCUGGUCAUGGUGAUCAUACUUCAUGCUGUGGACUCUAAUUCCAGGCCAUUGCAUAACACUCGCGCUCAAGGAAGCGAGCUUCAGAAAGCCAAGUUGCAGGGUUAUGCUGAAAUUAAGAAAUAACCAUCAACCUUUGACUUGAAUGUAAAUACACCUCGCUGAAAAUAUUGCUUGGAACAGACGAUCAUGAUUUCAGAAAGAAGCAUGAAAUUGUAUGUUACCGAGAAGGAAAUGAAAUUUGACAGCGUUCAAUUUUU